AUUGAUUAGAAAGAGAAGGAAUGAGGGAUUUGGUUCGCCAGUCUAUUCAUCACUCGUCGAUUUUGCCCGUCCUCCGGCUGGAAUUGAAUCUCACAAAUAUGAAAUAUUGAAAAGGAAAGAUGAGGAACCGAGGGUUUUGGCGAAGCAAUCUUUACAUCCUCGUUGGCGCCUUCAAACAAUUCCAAUCGCCAAGAAAUGCUGAUGUUCGAAAUCGAUUAACUUUAUUCAAGAGAGCACUCAGCUCAUAUUCCACUGCCACCCAAACUUCAGAAUGUCAACCCCAACUUUCUAUUGAUUUAAUCAAUAUUAUGGAACACAAAUUAUCCGCUAUUCAACACAGGAAUGCGUAUCUUCAGGGCAUUGUCAAUCAGCCGGAUGCCUUGCCUGAAGAAUAUUCGAGGGCCAACAAGGAGCUACGGAGGCUUGGAGAUUCAAUGGAUCUUAUAACGGAGUUGAGGACUAAACAGAAGGAAAUUGAGGGGCUCAAGCAAGUGAUAGCUGAAAGCCAAGACGAUAAAGACAUGCACGAAAUGGCUUCUGAAGAACUUGGACAGGCAUUGGAAGAGGAGAAGCGGCUGCAGUUUCUUUUGCUUAAGUCAUUGCUACCUAAGGAUGAUGCAGAUGAGCGCGACUGCAUUUUGGAAGUGAGAGCAGGAACUGGGGGGGAUGAGGCUUCUUUGUUCGCAAUGGAUAUAUUCAAAAUGUACGAAAAAUACUCAUCGAGGAAAGGUUGGAAAUUUGAAGUUCUGGAUUUGGCAGAAUCUGACCUUAAAGGUUACAAGGAAGCGAGUGCAACAAUCUCUGGAUCUGGCGUUUACGGAAAAUUGAAAUUUGAGAGCGGAAUUCACAGAGUGCAGCGAGUUCCUGUGACGGAGAAAUCUGGACGAGUUCACACUAGUGCUGUGUCUGUUGCUAUUCUCCCUCAGGCGGAUCAGGUUGAUGUGCAAUUGAGGAAUGAAGAUUUGAGAAUUGAUACAUAUAGAUCUGGUGGUUCAGGCGGUCAGCAUGCAAAUACCACAAAUAGUGCUGUUAGGGUUACUCAUGUUCCAUCCGGAUUAACCAUUGCCAUACAGGAUGAACGAUCCCAGCAUAUGAACAAGGCCAAAGCACUCAAAGUAUUGUGUGCAAAGUUAUACGAGAUGGAAAGAACUAGGAUUCAUGCAAGUCGUUCAAGACUUCGAGCUGAACAGAUUGGCAGCGGGGACAGAUCUGAACGCAUCCGUACAUAUAAUUUUCCUCAAGGGCGCGUCACUGAUCAUCGUGUCGGCAUCACUAAUCAUUCAAUAGAUGGCAUGAUGCAAGGAGAUAAUCUGGACAUAUUCAUAGAUGCUCUUCUUUUGCAGCAAGAGAUGGAUGCAAUUGCUAAUUUCAGCUCUACUCAGUGAUUACACAUUUACGCCGAUGUUCUAUCUGGAGUUUACAGCCUCAGAUAUGUACCUCUUCUUUAGACCUUCUCUAUUUCUGAUGAGUCCCACAUGCAGCUUUUCCGAUAUAUAUAGUAUGCCAUGAUAAGAAACGGAUUAGACAUGGGGAAAAUUACUCACACUUUAUACAAGUAAACCCGAGCUUAGAAAUACUUAAAAGCAGAUGUUGUAAAAGAGUGUAUUACAAAUUCUACGACAUGAUUCAUGGAUGAUUCCUUGUUAAAAUCUGCUCGGAACCCUUGUAAAUGCAUAUUUAUUCAUGCGGUUAUAAAUUUCAAUAUGAUGAUCAAUUCAGUUUUCAUGA